GACUACCUUCCAACAAAAGCUUCAACCGACGAUUCAACAGCAGAAAUUUUCACAUGACAAUGACGGCCGCCCACCUUACACGCACAGUGACGCACCAGACAAGUCACAAAGCCCUACAGUACCAUGUCCGCAUAGUGAAAGUAAUAGCUAAAUGUGGUACAAGUAUUUGUGGCGCGCGCAUACCUGUUGGACACCUGCAGACUGACGAGAUUAAUUAAUUGGUCAUUUCGGCGAAAUGGCACACGACACAUUGAUAUUUUAAACACGUAAGAAUCGGUGACCUUGCUGUGAAAACAUCGACUUGCGAUAUCAUUGACAGCAUUUAAAACUUUCAUGCGAAUCUUGGUGUGCCAGUGGGAAAAAGAAUCAGGAAAUAAACACCAGGCUUGCGAGAAUCAUCAUGCCGUGGCAUCCUCACACCAAAAUCCUGCUGGUCUUGUGUUUCGUCGGGCUGGUGGCCUUCCUGGCCACUGCCAUGGGUCUAGUCUCCGAUUACUGGCUCAUCUAUCGUCUCGGCAGUGGCACCACGGACGGUGGGAACUCCACCAACGUCAGACUGGCUAGCGCGGGGGUGUGGCGGGUGUGCUACCGGCCGGACGCGCUGCCUGAUGAUGGAAAACGAUGCCACAACAUAAAUUACCUUUCCAGAGUACAAGUAGAGAGUGACGACCCUUUGUCCCAGUACGCCUACCCAGUCCAUGGAAACGAUUUGUUGCUGCCAUUUUUGAUCCUGGUCUGUGUGGGUGUGGCUCUGGUCUUCUUGGCGGAAGCGUUAGCGAUGGUUUGCCUCAGGAAAAGAUCCAAAAUGAUGUACAUCAGUACAGCGUUUGUAUUCAUAGUUGCAGGGCUUGCAGGGGCAGCCGGCCUGAUCAUCUUCUCGCUGCGCGGGGCUCAGCUCCUCUCCGAUUGGCCGAGUCAGCAACAAGGGGAAUCCCCCUAUGAAUACGUCUCGUUCGGUUGGUCCUUUGCGAUCACAUGGCUGGGUUCGGCCCUGGCUCUUUUUAACAGCUGUGGGUACGUGUGGUUGGCACGGAGGCAUUUGGAUGCUAUGAUGUGAUCACGAGAGUGCUUUUAUACUUUUUUUUGGACUAAGCUACAUUUUAAAUUAUGCAAAAUCUGGUUCCCUCCGUGUUUCCCUGGAUUUCACAUGCCCUACUGAGUAGGUAUCCCAGCAUGCUUUGCUUGAACUUUGACCCUUCCCUUCAAACAUCAAGCUAUGCUGAAUAUCCAAAUUUUGUUGGAAAUUCAGCCAGUCUGUAUUUUCCUAUUUUCAUUAGUCAUUUUUCUACUACUACCACUGCUGUAAAUAUGGACUCACAAAGUGCAUGUAUUUCCAGCAAAUGUAUGCAGAAAGAAAAAUCACCUGCCAAUGCAUAAUUGAAGUAAUUAUCAUAAAAAAACACAUAUUUUUUGAUAUUUAAAAUUAAAAGUGCCAAAUAACAUUAGAUUUGAUUUAUGAAAAUGUGGUGUUCGUACACUCCAAAUUUUUAAUUUGUAAAGUUUUUAAUUUUAAAGACAUGUUUUUAUUUCUGUACUUAUUUUAAGACUGAAAAGUCUUUUUUUAAUUUUUAAUUUUUUUUUACUAUAACCUAACAAAAUCAAGGGUGGUAUUACUCUUGAAGACUGGAAACUGGUACAUAUGCAAAUUUGGCAUGUAUCAUAAAUAUUUCCAGCAAUAUUCAGCAUAAACUCAUCUUAUUUUACAAUUGCAUAAUUACCAUUCAUACCAUCUGUUUUGUUCCGUUCUGUUGGACAUCAAAUACAAAAUCAAGCUCGCUAAUUACCAAAACAUCUGCCCUUAUCAUUGAAAUAUGUAAAUAAAUCCCGAGAUUGAAUUUAGAUUUAUAUAUUGCUCUAGGUGAAAUGGACUACGCUUGUACGACACAAAGUUAGUUGCAUAUGCAUGUAUACAAAACAUCCGAACGUGUUUUAGAAAUAAUACAUUUCCAUCAUAUUUUUAAAAAA